AUGGAAAUCCAGAGCGAAACAGCCAGAUGUUUCAGCUUAGUCUUUCUAAGCCUUGUAAAUUUGCCAAUAUCCCUUGUUAUCUUAUGUAUCUCGACGCUGAGGAAUCUCAUCUCAUCGAGUUUCAAGAUGCCUCACGAUGGUACCCAAGAUGGAUGUUCACGGAGAACAGUUCUUGUUACGGGAGUGGGAAUGGCAAAAGGGCUGACAUUGGCUCGCGCAUUCUACCUAUCCAGACAUCAAGUCAUAGGCGCCGACUUCGAAGAUCACUUCAUCCCCUGUUCUGGCCGUUUCUCUAAAAGCUUAUCGCGUUUCUACAAACUACCAAGACUAGACAGCCCAGGAUAUACAAGGAAAUAUAUCGAUCGCUUGAUGCAGAUCAUCAAAGAUAAUGAGAUUGAUCUCUGGGUGUCGUGCUCGGGUGUUGCUAGUGCGAUGGAGGAUGCGCAAGCUAAGGAAGAAGUCGAAUUCCGCACUUUAUGCAAAUGCAUUCAAUUCGACGUGGCUACUACAUCAAUGCUUCACGAAAAACAUAAUUUCAUGCGUGCUUGUUCGGAAAGACGGCUACCGGUCCCGGAAACACACGAGGUCGCCUCGAAAGAUGAGAUCUUGAAAAUACUCUCAUAUUCAGCGCUACAAUAUCCGGAUAGAAAGUAUAUCCUGAAACCCGUUGGAAUGGACGAUGUCAAUAGAGGGGAUAUGACUCUUCUGCCGCUCCCUUCCAAGGCCGCGACUGUCGAGCACGUGUCCCGGCUUUUCGUCUCCUCUUCGACACCGUGGAUUUUACAGCAAUUUAUCCCGGGCGGCGAAGAGUACUGUACGCAUGCACUUGUGGUGCACGGGAAAUUGAGAUGUUUUGUUGCGUGUCCAAGCGCUGAGCUUCUCAUGCACUACACACCACUCCCCCAAGACGACAUGCUUUGGCAGGACAUGCGGGACUUCACUAUGAAGUUUCUGGAACGCUCCUCCAAUGCAGGAAAUAUGACGGGACAUAUGAGUUUUGACUUCAUGGUUGAUUCUGCAGUUGGAAAAGGAAAUGAGAUUGGAUCCAAGACACUCUAUCCCAUCGAGUGCAACCCGCGUGCCCACACAGCUGUUGUCCUGUUUGCGCAGCAGGGCCCAGAGAUGAGAGACAUGGUUCGAGCGUAUAUCUCUGCGAUCGAAGGGCCUGGAGACGCAUCAUCUGAUGGAAAGAUCCUCAAUGGUCAAAAUCCAGGCAGCGAGAAACUCUUAGUAAUGCCUCCUAAUAACACGGUGUCACGAUAUUGGAUUGGGCAUGACAUUGUUUCUCUGUUAGUCCACCCAACUCUACGCCUCAUCGCGGGCUCGGUGGACUUCAUGGAUAUCUUCAAUUCGAGUUUUAUAUUUUUAGAACAUCUAUUCGCAUGGGAAGAUGGGAGCUUUCAAGCUUGGGAUCCUUUGCCAGCUUUCGUCCUCUAUCAUAUUUAUUGGCCUCUAACUAUUUUGGCGGCGUGGUGGCAAGGACAUCGUUGGAGUAGGAUUAAUGUGAGUACGACUAAGAUUUUCGCUUGUUGAGCGAGUUACGCUCUUAAUGGCUUGUAAGAUAUCUAUCAUAAUUGUCAUAAAGC